CUCUGACCGGACACCGGCACGCAAAACGCAAUAAUUUUUCCGUGUGCAGACCAGCAGUUCGAACCAAGCAGGUGCAGAUCGCGCGCGGAUCGUAGAUCGAUUUUCUAUUCGCCAUAACAUUGCUGCUCAUCUGGUCGCAGCCUAUUCUUCUUCUCUCCACCUUUCAUUUCUCCUUAGGUUGCUGCGACUGAUCGAUGUCGGCCCGGCAGGGUCCGCCGAAACAUCAGAAUAAAUUUGCCUGGAAUCCUAACGCCGGUCAUAAGAAGAACGAGAAGGAACUAGGGGGAAAGUUUCGGCCUUACUCGGAUAUUACCGGGGUAUGCCCAAGAUGCAAGGAGCAGAUCGAAUGGAAGCGAAGGUAUGGGAAGUAUAAGCCUCUUGUAGAGCCUGCCAAGUGCCAGAAGUGCACCAAGAGAGUGGUUCGCCAAGCAUAUCAUAGUGUAUGCUCGGGAUGUGCGAAGGAUCUCAAUGUGUGUGCUAAGUGUUGCUGCAACAAGGAUCAGAUUGUGGGGAGGGAUGCCACAGAGGUUGAGGCUGAGCAAAAGGCCCUUGAAGAAGCAAUUAAAAAUGCUCGUGAAAGGGAUAGAAGGACUCUUCUACGUGCUUGAAGUGACACAGUACUCCACAUUGCAAACAUUCAGUAGUGAAAUGGUGCAGAGAGGUAAUGACACAACAAGAAAGUGUCAACGAGAAAUUGAUGCAAACAAGAUAUGAAUUCUCUAUCUUCAUCAAUCAACCAGUUUGAGAGGAUUUUUGGUUGGAUGGAAUUUUUGGCAAGAAAUCUGUGUUAUAUGGGAAUAUGAUGAUUAGUUCCCUUUGGUUGAGCUUAUUUGUACUUGUUGGUCUUUCUUGUAUUUUAAACACUUUUGGAACGCUAUAACCAAACAUGUUAAGAUGACUUUUGAGUUAGAAACAACAAUUCGACUA